AUGCGUUCCUCCACAUCAACCUCAACCCACCCACCCCCCAGGUCGCGCAACACCUACACCACCCUCUCAGCCCCCCUCCUAACCUCAACACUAACCCUUAUCACCUCACUCCUCCUCCUCCUCACACUCCUCUGGCACAUAUCCUCAACACAUCUCGCCAACACAUACGCCAUGCCCAUUCCCUGGCAAACAGACUUCCUAGCCCAGCAGUUCAAAGGGAUAAAAACAGGGUAUGUGCUGAUGAAAGGGGGAUGGAUACCGCUGGACUGCGUAUACGCGAUAUGGAGUCUAGACUACCACCACGGAGUGCAGCGAGGACGCAACAGCCCCCUCUCCACCCCCAUCCUGCAAACACUUCUCGACCUAACUCUCCUCGCCCUGCUCGCCCUGCAUAUAUUCCUCACCACACGAUCCAUACAGACAAACAGAGCUUUCUGCCACAGCUCGCAGACGCUCAGACUGCAGGGCUACGUCUUCCCCGCUGUGCCGGGGCAGCAUGCUCAUAGUGCGCUUGGUGCUGUGCAGCGAUGUGAGAGGCUGGGCGUUGAUAUAUGGAUUGCGGGGGCGUUUUCGGUGGGGAUGGCGGGGUUUUUGGGGGGACUGCAUUGUGUGGGUUUGGGGGUUAGGGGGUGGGGGGUGGGGGUUGGGAGGGAUGUAGGUGGGGAUAGGGAGGUGGAGGGGGGGAGGGGGAGUGAGGGAGGAGCGGGGGAGGAGAAGGGUAUGGGUAUGGAUGGCGGGAUUGAUGCGGAGGGAGGGUGGAGGGAGGUGUUGCUUGAGUGUUUGGUUCCUUGA